UCUCCGCCAAAGACAGUCAUACAGGUUACGUCACCAUAUCCAAUCAUGUAUGCACCAUAUGUGUUUCUUCUACUUGUCUUACUGACAUGCUGCGAAGGGUACAGCUUAGGGCCACCACUCUCCGCCUGCAGCAAUAUGACACCCACUGGUCAUCCAUAUGACCCGCAGAACAUAACAUCACCGUUCACAUUUACGUUAAAUGCAACGUCAUACCAGCCGGGUGACGUCAUUGAAGUGUUUCUAAAUUCGUCUGGAGAGUGGUUUAUGGAGGGAGUGUUGAUACAAGCUCGAGCCUCGGACUGUGCUCUCCAAAUACCUGCUGUUGGUACAUUUUCUAUUCAGACCAACGACAUAUUUCUGCAACCGUUUAAUUGCUUUGGGAGAUCAGCUAGUGCUAUCCGCCACUACUCUCAUUACCAUAUCUACAACAGGACAUUCUACUGGACCGCUCCAUCCCAAUCAGUCGGUGAUGUAUACCUGAAAGCAACAAUUGCUAGAAAUCAAGAAACAUAUUGGCUAAACGUUAUGUCAGAAACAAUCAGUGACGUGAGUGACAACCAAAGGGAAACAUGUGGAGCCACGAAUACUGCAGUCACGACUGCAGCCACAGUCGUGACACUUCUGAUGACCUUAGCUUUUACCUAUAUACUUUAUUAACUCCUGAGCAUAAUUUGCAAAUGUACAAAAUGUGUUUUCGACCUCUAUCUUUUAUUUCUUACAGUUACUUUUAUACAUGUUUUUGAAUGUUUUGUACUAAAGAAUAUACUCAUUGUCCAGUCUAAGGCAAAGAUGAUAUUGUUUUUUUACCAAUAAGCACAUAUCUCCUGAUUUAAAUACUGUAUACCGCAUAAUAAAUUACUUAUCUAAAUCCAAUGGUUCCAAUUAAAAAUUAACCAUAUAAUUCUUGGGAUAAACAAUUAAAAAUGGGACU